AUGGCUACCCCAAGCAAAUCAACACCAACAACAUCUUCAGACACUUUGGAACAGAAGGGGAAGACUAUGGCUGAGUCAAAUGCAACCAUUCUUCAAUGUCCUUUAAACCAGCAACACCAUAGCUCCUUAGAUGGCCCAGUAGCAAUCCUUUGGGAUAUUGAGAAUUGUCCUGUUCCAAGUGAUGUACGCCCUGAAGAUGUAGCAGGUAAUAUAAGAAUGGCUUUACGGGUGCACCCAGUAAUUAAAGGAGCUGUUAUGCUGUUUUCUGCUUAUGGGGAUUUCAAUUCUUUCCCUAGGCGACUUAGAGAAGGCUGUCAGAGAACUGGUGUUAAACUUAUUGAUGUUCCAAAUGGGAGAAAAGAUGCUGCUGACAAAGCUAUCUUGGUUGACAUGUUCUUAUUUGCUCUUGACAAUCCUCCACCAUCCUCUAUUAUGCUUAUAUCUGGAGAUGUUGAUUUUGCACCAGCACUACAUAUUCUUGGUCAACGAGGAUAUACUGUUAUUCUUGUCAUCCCUGGUGGGGUGGGUGUUUCAUCUGCCCUAUGCAAUGCCGGUAAAUUUGUCUGGGACUGGCCUAGCGUGGCACGUGGGGAAGGCUUUGUGCCCCCCUCAAAAGCUUUAGUACCAACCCGGGCAGGUCCAAUUGAGCUUUCUGGAUAUUUGAUGGGGUGCCAUAUCAAUGACAAUUCUGAUGGAUUAAAUGAAGAAGAAGCAAUAGUUUAUAGAGGUAUGUCACAAAGUUAUUUCAACUCAAGGGAAUUGUCAUUGGUGUCACAAUCACUGUCUGAAUACAACUGUGGCACCCCGAACAUGACUUGCAUGCCAACAACUAUGAGAUCACACAGCCUUCCAUCUGUAUUCAAUGAUGUUCAAGGAGGGUCUAUGAUGCCUUCCAGUGAACAUAACGAAUGCCAGUUAUGGGUACAGCCUGGGGAUUUAAAUGGUCUCAAGGGGCAGCUGGUAAGGUUGCUUGAACUUUUUGGAGGAUGCCUGCCUCUGGCCCGAGUUCCAGCAGAGUACCAGAAAGUUAAUGGGAGACCUCUUUAUGUAGCUGAAUAUGGGGCAGUAAAGUUGGUCAAUCUUUUCAAGAAGAUGGGUGAUGCCAUGGCUGUGGAAGGGAAAGGGAACCGUAAAUUUGUGUAUCUCAGAAACUGGAAGGCAGGUCCAAGUGCUCCUCCUCUCUCUCUGGCAAAGAAAGAUAAGAAGGGAAAGGGAGCCCAGGAAGACAAUGCGAAUGUUGUCACUGGUGGAUGCUCUUCAGAUGAGUUCUCAGAUGAAGAAAGAGUAGUGGUAGAAGAACAAGAUGAAAGAAGUUGCACAGGCAAAGGCAAUCAGGGGACAGCGGCCAAAUUUGAAGUUGAUGACUCUGUUAUUGAGCACUUUAAGUAUGAGCUGCAAGAGAUUCUAGUGAGCUAUUCUUGUCGAAUAUUCCUUGGUUGUUUUGAGGCUAUAUACGAGCAGCGAUACAAGAAACAGCUGGAAUAUCAGAGAUUUGGUGUGGAAAAGUUGGAAGAUUUGUUUGAGAAAGUGAGUGAUGUGGUGGUAUUGCAUGAGGAACCAGUAACCAAGAGGAAGUUCCUGGCUGCUGUGGAUGGUUAG